AUGAUCGCAUUAAAGGCUACCCACAGCAACACCUACGCGGCAAUUGCCCCCACGCUGCCGCAGCUGUCAACGGCGGGCAAGUCUGCCUUUGUGACGGGCGGAGGUGCACGCGGAAUAGGCGCUGCCAUUGCCUCGUCGCUGGUGCGCUCAGGCAUUACGUCGAUCGGCCUGCUGGGCCGCCAGGAAGACAAGCUGCGCGAGUCAGAGGCAGCGCUACGAGUGCUUUCGCCGACGGUCGACAUCCAUGUCUAUGCCGGCGUCGACGUGCGGGACAUCGCCGCCGUGAAGAAGGCCGUGACCGACUUCGCCGCUUCGGCCAAGGGCUCGAUCCCGGGCAAGAUCGAUAUCCUCGUGACCAACGCCGGCUAUAUGCCGCAGCAGCUCAAGGACCUGCAGGCGUACCAGAGUGAGGUCGACCGUGCUGACUGGUGGAGCGUGUUCGAGAUCAACGUGCUCGGCAACUUCAAUGUCGUGCAGGCGUUCCAGCCGGUCGCUGCACCCGGUGCGUCCGUUGUGCACAUCUCGUCGAUGGUGGCCGAUAUGCCGUAUGUGCCGACCAAUGGCGUCUACUCGGCAUCCAAGGUGGCGGCUACAAAGCUGUUCGAGUACGUGCAUAACGAGAACCCGGACCUCUUCGUCGUGCAGGUCCACCCGGGCCUUAUCCUGACGACAGAUAUGGCUGAGAGUUUCAGGGACGCAGUCCAAGGCUACACGGGCAUUGAUGUCGAACUCCCCGGCGAUUUUGUAAACUGGGUCGUCAGUCCAGAGGCACGCUUCCUUAAUGGCCGCUUUGUCGAUGCGGAGUGGGAUAUUGACGAGCUCAAGGCUCAUGAGUCCGAGCUGAAGAAAGACCUACGCAAGUAUACAGUUGGCAUUCUUGGACUUGAAUAUUGA